AUGAAGAUCUCAACAGAAGACGGACACAAUCUCGUCUCCUCCGCCCUACAGAAAAUUGGGUACACGCCCGAGUCCACCAAGAUCAUCGCCGACCAUCUCAUAGACAGCGAGCUCCGCGGCUACGGCGUCGCAGGACUCGCACGUGCUCUCAGUAUCGCUGACCGCCUCGCCGGCAAGCCACCCGCUCAGACAACGAAGACCACCCGCUCGGCACCCGCUACGGCUCAAAUCGACGGCCAGGACACGUUGGGCUACCUUGUCGCAUAUGAGGCAACCCAGGUCGCUAUCGCCAAGGCAAAGUCAAAUGGUGUAUCCGCCGUAGGCGCUUCAGGGACGUGGUAUACGGGCAUGCUGUCCUACUACGCCGAGAUGGCGGCCAAGGAGGAUCUUGUGGCCAUCAUAGCCAGCAACUGUACCGCGUGGGUUGCACCGGAAGGAGGCUACCGACCUAUCUUCGGCACGAACCCUUGGUGUGUUGGCUUCCCUACAGGCGACGGUCAGCCACCAGUGAUCUACGAUAUUGGCACAAGCAAGAUCCUUCACGCAGAUGUACUCCUCGCGAAUCGUUUGGGCCGCGAGCUGCCGCCCGAUAGCGUGUUCGACAAGGACGGCAACGACACUGUCAGCCCGCAAGAUGCGCUGAGCGGCGCAUUGAAGGUGUGGGGAGGGCACAGAGGGAGCGGCUUGGCGAUCACGGUGCAGUUGUUGGGUGUCAUGGCGGGCAGUGCGGCUUUCCCACCCGAUCUGGCUGGCUUUGGUUAUAUGAUUGUGAUGGUGGACCCAGCACAGUUCAGGCCGAUAGAGGAGUUCAAGGCUGAAGUUGAUGCAUUUUCAAAGGCUAUGAGGGAAGGUCCAGCGCUGGACAAGGGGAAGAAGUUGCGGAUGCCUUUCGAGAGGAGCUUUGGGAUCCGAGAGGAGGGACGCAACAGGGGAGAGUUCGAAGUCGAAGAUGGCGUUGUGGAGAGGUUGAAGAAACUCAUUGAUGGGUGA